UCUGAUAUGUCAAAACAAUUUUUUCACUUUGUUAAUCGCGAACUGUUCAGAUACAUUUUGAAUCAUUCAAAGUUAACACAAACACUACUUUUUAAAUUCACUGUUGUUUUAUUUUUAUAUAAUAGUGAUUAUUUUAAAUGUCGGUAUUAAACGAGGAAGCUGUUCGUAGUGUAAUAGCGAAAGCUAGCACCCCGAUAGUAUUUCGCGGAUUCGUAGAUAACUGGUCGAUAUGCCAAUGGAAUAUAGAAAAAUGGUGCUCAGUGUUCGGCGACAAGGAAAUUCCCUUUCGCUGUAUGAAACGAGACUUCAUAUCUGACGAACCAUGCUGGGAAAGAAGGUGCAAGGUGAAAAAUAUGACGUUUAAGAAUUUCGUAGACAAUUUGCCCACGAGCGACGACUGGAUGUAUUUCGACUACAAGUACGUUCAUCAGUGGUUCACUGGAGAUGACGAAUUGUAUAAGGAUAUAUCUUGGAAGCAGUUUGGAUAUCCUGGCAAGGGUGCCACAGACACAACUCUGUGGGUAGGCAAAGGAGCUCACACACCUGCCCACCAGGACACUUAUGGAGUGAACAUUGUUGCACAAUUAUAUGGAAAGAAACGCUGGAUAUUGUUUCCGCCAGAAACGGGUGGCAUGAAGUCAACCAGAGUGCCUUAUGAAGAAUCUAGUGUGUACAGUGAACUGAACUUUUAUUGCCCCCAAAAUAUUGAUGCCUUUAAUGGUGUGACAGGAGCUAGAAUGGUGGAACUGUCGGCUGGUGAUGCGCUGCUGGUGCCGCGAGGUUGGUGGCAUUACGUACAGAACCUGGAGCCUGUGAACAUCGCUCUCAACAUCUGGCUGCCACAUGAUAAAGAUAGUUCAGCUCAGGUGUCCGAGGCUUUGAUCAAAAUAUUGGUUGCUCAGAUAUGUAAGGAUCUACCGCAAGAAACUGCGAAGUUGAUAGUGAAUCCAAAUGAGGACGAUAUAUCAGAUACGCCGCUGGCAGUAUUAUUCUUGCAAUUAGAGACUGUUGCCAACGCGUAUUUAGAUAAUAGGCGUAAGCUACGUCGUGCCAAGCGGCAGAGGACAUGUGAGGAGGACCCCGCGCCCUCCGUGACGGAGGAAUAUGAUCUCAAAACUCUCCUAGAGAACCAAGCCAACAAUCUUGAAGUGGCCGCCACUAUAACGACAGACGAGCUUAUCAAUUUGAUAAAACAGAAUCUCAGGGAAUAUGCCAAUAUGGACAGACCAUUGCAGGAUGAAGAGGUAGAUGGCGCCACCACAACACUUUGUUUAACAAAAGCUGUUAUUGACGCGUUCAGCGAGAGCAACGUCAUAGAUCUCGUGAAGCAAAACCUUUUCGCUCGUCUGAGCUAGUCUUGUGUUUGACGAGGCUGUGUUCAAAGUAUUUUUAAAUACGUUUAUUUUUAUUCAAUAUAUCCGCUUUUAGAAGGUAAUAAAAUUGAAGCAAUAUA